AUGCCGGCUCAACAUCUCCGUCACGUCAAUGUGCGCUCGCGCCAGACGUUUCCGAACCAUACCGAAGGCGCUGAGACGGUCCCUGUUGACCCUCUAAUGUCCAUCAUCAUUAAGCAUCCGGCCUAUCCCGUGACCUCCGACACGCUUCUUACGCUCAAAGCCUCGGAUGAUUCACGCGGAGGCAUUCAUCAUGACACGCUACUGAUCAUCUGCGGCAUUUUGGCCAACAACCGCUUUGACGGGUAUCUGGCGGAGACUGCAGUGGGUCCGGCCAUCACAGAGCCUCGUAGCGCAAUUCUACGUCGUCGCAUCUACUACUUCUGCGUUACUCCACCGGAUGGCCAGACAGAGCCGUACAAGUAUCCCGUCGUCCCCUCGUUCAGCCACUGGCGUUUCCCGCACAAAGCGCUCCCCGACAGCUGGGCCCAAGCCAUGAAGACGCACGAACCGGCACGCCAGUCCUCCACGGAUCACUCUGAAAUGUCUAGAGCCAGAAUUGCUCGUGGUUCGUCCUGCCUCAUCAGCCUCCACGAAGACGAAUCCGAGUCCGCGAGCCUCUGUCCCCCGAGCGAAAUGGACUGGUUCGAAAACAACAUCAUGAGCAUUUACGCGAAGAACGACCCCAUGGCCGGCCUUAACGACAUCUGCAACGCUAUCUUCCUCCGCGCGGACAUCAACCAGCAGUUCGAGAAGCGCGGCUUCGUUAUCGUGCCUAAGCUGACGCAGGACGGCAAGACACCUUGGGUUGUGCACUAUCUGUCCGAGCCGCAGCAGUCGCGCAAGCUCUACCACAAUGUCGAGUUGCAGGAUAUUAGCAAUUUGUCUGCUGAGUACCUCUUCGCUCGCUUGGCUUGGAGCGUCCUUCCGCUGCUGUCGAGGUUCCUCAAAAUCAAUGCUCGGACCAACUUGCUUGUUGUCGUUGAGCAGGGCCGAAAGCUCGUA